UUUAGUGUCUCUAGAAGAUCGUGUAAAAUCGGGCAGCUCUCAGAUGUUUCUCCGAUUGUACUGUUAGAGGUUAUACAAUACGGUUUUCAGUGGUUUUUAUUUAUUAUCUUUUGUGUGACAAAAUGGUGAUGAUUUGUUGCGUCUGCAAGGUGGAAGAGGUGUCAAUCAACUCGCAUCUUGUUUUUCACCAUUUGCCCAAAAAUCCAGACCGACGAAAACAAUGGUUGGAAGUAUUAAAGAAGGGUAAUGUUAAAGAUCUUGUUGUAUGUAGCAAACAUUUUAAACCUGACGAUUAUCGGGAGUUCUGCGACAGGCCACUGCUAAACAAAAAUGCUAUUCCACGGUUAAGCGAAUUGAAUACGUGUACACAAUCCACUGAAAAGGAUCCAAUAAAUGUCCAAGACUCUACGAUUGAAAUGGAUUGUCACGAGAAAACAAUAGAAUCUGCUAGUAUUGACAAUAUGAAUGACAGUCGAAACAUUGUGAUAGUAGAAGUAAAACCUGAACAUGAACAUGAACCUGAACGACUUACUGAAUGUCCUUUAGAAACAAUAGAUAAAACUAGGAAAAAUUGUAAAAGGCGAAAUAAUAUCGAUUGUAAUGGAUCUAGUGCACUAUCAAAAAAACGCUGUUACCUGAAGAAUUUUGGUAUUUUUAGAAAAGAAGAUUUUAAAACCGAGGAAUCGUGGAAUCGAUUUUUGGCAGCAUUUGAAGAUAUGAGAAAAGAUAAACUAUUGUUACAACGCAAGAAUGAACGCCUAUUUACAAAAGUUCAAAAGUUCAAAGGUGUAAUUAAAGACUUGAAAAGAAAGAAAUUGGCGACAGAUUCUGUUAUUGAUAUCUUAAAUGUAAGUUUAAAAAGUGAUUAGGUAUCUUAGAGCUCUGUAGAUAUUCUUCAUAUUUGUUACCUUUAAUAAAUUAAUUUUCAUAAUA